CCUGGAGGCAGGCUGUCUGCAGCGCUCGGGGAGGCCAUGGUGCGCUUCGCUCCCGAGCUGGUCUCGUCCUCGCUGGGGCUGGGGCUGCUUCUGUGCAGCUGGGGGUGCCUUGCGAGCGCCGAGUCGCGGGCCCCGCCGGAGAAGAUCGCAAUUGUUGGAGCUGGAAUUGGAGGCACUUCAGCAGCCUAUUAUCUUCGGCAAAAAUUUGGGAAAGAUGUGAAAAUUGAUGUGUUUGAAAGAGAAGUGGUUGGAGGUCGUCUGGCCACUUUGUCGGUUCAAGGACAUGACUAUGAGGCUGGAGGGUCAGUCAUCCAUCCUUUAAAUCUGCACAUGAAGCGUUUUGUCAAAGACCUGGGCCUUUCUACUAUUCCAGCUUCUGGGGGCUUAAUGGGAGUGUACAAUGGAGAGAAUCUGGUAUUUGAAGAGAGCAGCUGGUUUAUAAUCAACAUGAUUAAACUCGUUUGGCGUUAUGGAUUUCAGUCCCUUCGAAUGCAUAUGUGGGUAGAAGAUGUGUUAGACAAAUUUAUGAGGAUUUACCGCUACCAGUCUCAUGACUAUGCCUUCAGUAGUGUAGAAAAGCUACUACAUGCCAUCGGAGGAGAUGACUACCUUGUACUGGUUAAUCAAACACUUCAAGAAAACUUGCAGAAAGCCGGCUUCUCUGAGAAAUUCCUCAGUGAAAUGAUUGCUCCUAUUAUGAGGAUCAAUUUUGGCCAAAGCACAGAUCUCAACGCCUUUGUGGGAGCAGUAUCAAUGACUGCUGCUGAUUCGAACCUUUGGGCUGUGGAAGGUGGCAAUAAAGUUGUUUGUUCACGGCUCAUUCAGGCAUCCAAAGCCAAUCUUAUAUCUGGCUCAGUAUUAUCUGUAGAAGAUAAAACAAAGACUAAGCAGAGAGGAAAUCCCACAAAAAUGUAUGAAGUGGUCUAUAAAAGUGGAUCUGAGACCAAAUCGGAUUUUUAUGACAUUGUCUUGGUGGCCACUCCAUUGAGUCAAAAGAUAGCCAAUAUAGCUUUCCUCAACUUUGAUCCUCCAAUUGAAGAAUUCCACCAGAAUUACCAACAAAUAGUGACAACUUUUGUUAAAGGUGAAUUGAAUUCAACUCUAUUCAGCUCCAGAGCCAAAGAUCAGUUUGGUCUUUCUACUGUUUUAAUCACCGAUAAUUCAGAUAUGUUCAUCAACAGUCUUGGAAUUGUGAACUCUGUCAAAGGAAAAGAACAUCCUCCACCAUCAACAGAUGGAACACAAGUUUGGAAGACCUUUUCCCGAGAAAUUCUUACUAAAGAACAAAUUACAACGCUCUUCUUGUCCUAUGAUUAUGCGGUGAGGAAGCCAUGGCUUGCCUAUCCUUACUACACCCCCCCGGAGAAGUGCCCUCCCAUCCUCCUGCACGAUCAGCUCUAUUACCUCAAUGGCAUAGAGAGUGCAGCAAGUGCCAUGGAAAUGAGUGCCAUUGCAGGCUACAAUGCUGCUCUGCUUGCCUAUCACCGUUGGAAUGGCCACACGCACAUGAUUGACCAAGACAACUUGUAUGAGAAACUAAAAUCGGAGCUGUGAAUGACACUCUCUUUCCCCCCUCUGCUUCCCACUGAGUAUCACUGGCAAGAAAAGCAAAAUUUGAGCAAAGGUUUUACAAUCAGUUAUUCUGCCAUUAUAAUUGUUCAACAAAGCAAUGCCUACGGAUCCUAGAUGAUACAGGGUUCAAAGGAUAACUCUUAGCCCAUCUCCACAACUGAACUGUUCUUUUAAUUUUUUUUUUCCUUUGGGUCCGGUCGUGGGGCCUGAA